UUGAAAAUCCUUGAAAGAGGAGGAGCCUGUGUCCGAUUCCAACCGACGUUUACCGAACAGUAACGAAAGGUUCGUUGAGAAUUCGCAAAACCAAGAUUCAUCCAAUGUAAGAUGAACUUUCAAUGUGUUCGAGGAUCCCUUGCGGAUGUAUAGAAGGAGGUAUACAAUGGAGGGGGUGGAGGUCUUACCAGAAUGGCUGGUUGGGCGAGAAAAUGCGUGGAAAUCGCACGCGGAAUUCCGCCAGGAUUUGGUUACGUAACGGCAGUAGAGUGACGGCAGCACCGGUGGCCGCUCGUCUGCGCUUGUGUGCCAGGAAAACAUAAAUAACAACAACGUGUUUACGGUCGUCAACAACGCGAAACUUUGUUAGCUGUUCUUCGAUUGGUUUUUGGUCUUUAAAAAUGGCUGCGCGACCAGCUCCGCCACGUACGAAGAAACAAAAUCACGCGAACAUUCCCUGUCCCAUAGAAAACUGCGCCCGCUUCACUUAUGGCAAACUUCCCGACCAUCUGACAAAGAUCCACGGCCUGACAGGUGCGGAACGCGACGCCCUCAACGAACAGCAGAGAAAACGUUUUUUUAAUGGAGAACUGUGUCAAGUUCGAUAUCUCAAAGAAUCAGCAAUCAGAGACCUUUGGGGAAGCGAUUAUGAUGAACCUAGGAUAAGAGCGAAGAUACAACAGAGCUACGCACUGGUCAAGAUUCGGAUUAUUCCGUUGGCAGCGACACAACGAUCUCGUCCGUUAACGGAGCAAGACGCUAACGUCCUUACUGCCUAUAACGCAAGAACUGCUCCCAGACCUGCAAGAGUGCAGCGGGCCAGAACCCGAGCUCGGCCCUAUACAGUACCAGAAACGCCGCAAGUUGAUCGCAGAGCAUCAAGCGAGUCCAGCGAAGAGGAAAAUACUAGAACCAAUCCCUUACCUCCAUCGCCGCCACCGUCAUCUCCGUCUCUCCCGCCCUCUCCAGCCCCUUACGAACUUCAGCCAGUUGAGACCCGUUUACAAGACAUAUUCGACUCCAAAAUCGACGCAGGCUACAAAGCAGUCAUAGACAAUAUGAAGAAAUCUAUGACGAUGGGAAGAACGCUCGGAACUCGAAAACGAAAGGCAUACAGAACUUACAGGCGGUACGCUAAAAGACUUAUAGCAUAUCUUCACAGACAACAUUCACCUCUGGCAUACGAUGUCGACGUACUCCUAUGUGGAGAAAGACAGGUGUGUGCGUUUUUGGAGCAUAUAAGUAGCGAGCAUAAGACGAAAACUUUAAGGAAUUACAUCGUGGCGGCGAUCAAGUUGUUGGAUUCUAGACUGUUCGCUAUAGAAACUGACCCGUCGUGCAAAGAGAAGGUGGCCUCCAUGACGCACGUGUAUGAUGUAUUGCAUGGGAAGUUGAAUGAAUGCGACAGGUUGCUCGCACAGAAGGAGCCUUGUCAGAAACAGGUCGCGGCCUUCGACAGUGACGAGAUGGAUACAAGUUUCAAUGAAGGAUACGAAUUAGUUUAGAACCUUAAACUAUUCGUUUCGUUUUUCCAAUCGUCAUUCCAUCAUACGUAAAUAGAACCAAAGUUAAAAUCAAGAUUUAAGUUUUUUUGCAACUAUUUAGUAGCUCAUAGUAAAUUGAUGCAAGGUCAAUGAAUAAUGACUGUGUAUUUAUUAUUAUUAAACCGUGUUAACAUUUCAUAUUUAUUAAUGUAAAUAAUUCAAUACGUGUCUCAAGCAAUAAGCUUCACAUACCUAUACCUUAUAUGUACAAUAGUAUAGGUAAUAGGUGCAUUAAAUGUUUUAACAUAAUUAUGUUAAGUAAGUAUGUAAGUAGUAUUUAAACAGAAAGUAACACUUUCAAUAAUGUGCAAUAAAUAGUACCAAAUGUAUUAUGUAAUUAAGUCUGAUCUCACCGAUUAUGUACAUAUAUACAUAUAUAUCGCACUUAAGGACGUUUAAAUCACUA